AAAGAAAGAGAAGAGAAAGUGAAAUGGCUGUUUCCAUUAGCUUUGUUAUGGUUUUUUCAGUUCUAGUUUUCGCUCCGGUGUGCUUCUGCCACUACCUAUACCCGCAAUUUUACGAAUAUACAUGCCCGCAAGCACAAGAGAUCGUCCAGUCCGUGGUGGCGAAAGCUGUGGCUAGAGAAGCCCGAAUGGCUGCUUCUUUGCUUAGGCUCCAUUUCCAUGACUGUUUUGUUAAGGGCUGUGAUGGUUCGAUCCUGUUGGACAGCAGUGGGACCAUCAUCAGCGAGAAGGGCGCUCUCCCAAACAAGAACUCGGCAAGAGGGUUCGAGGUGAUCGACGAGAUAAAAUCCGAGCUGGAGAAGGCUUGCCCACAAACCAUCUCCUGUGCUGAUAUUCUUGCUCUUGCUGCGAGGGAUUCUACAGUUCUGGCUGGUGGUCCAAGCUGGGAAGUUCCAUUGGGAAGAAGAGACUCGACGGGUGCAAGCUUGAGUGGCUCCAACAAUAACAUUCCUGCUCCCAACAACACCCUUCCCACCAUCAUCACUAAAUUCAAGCUCAAGGGUCUAGAUCUCGUGGAUCUUGUGGCACUCUCAGGGAGCCACACCAUCGGGCUCGCUAGGUGCACCGUCUUCAGGCAGAGGCUCUACAACCAGUCGGGCAACGGCCAGCCCGACCCCACCCUCGACCAAUCCUACGCCGCCCAGCUCCGGUCAGGCUGCCCGAGAUCCGGCGGUGACAACAACCUCUUCCCCUUGGACUUUAUUACCCCUACAAAAUUCGAUAAUUACUACUUCAAGAACAUAAUCGAAUCGAAAGGCCUUCUUAGCUCAGAUCAGAUCCUCUUCACGAAGAGUGAAGAAACGAUGAAGUUAGUGAAGCAAUAUGCAGAGAACAACGAUCUGUUCAUCGAGCAAUUCGCUAAAUCAAUGGUCAAGAUGGGGAACAUCUCACCCUUGACGGGCCCCAGAGGUGAGAUCAGGAAGAAUUGUAGGAGGAUCAACGGUUAUUAAUCGAUGAGGCAAUGAAGAUUAUCGCUGGUGGAGAUUAACGGACGGUAAUAAGCGAACGCCACGUGCCUAAAUGUGCAACGUGCAUGCUCUUGUUAUUUUAUUUUUUCAUCAUCUUGUUGUUGUUGCUGCUGUGGUAGUUAUAGUUGUUAUUGUUGUCGUCGUCGUCGCUUUUAUUGAAUGAAUUUUAUUUUAUUUAUAA